GUUGGUUUGCAUUUGUCCAGCAACUAAUCUAGAUUUUUAUUUUACUUUUUUUUGCUAAAUGAAACUUUGUUUGUUUGAUUUUAGUGCAUGUAGUAUAUGUCCAAAAAUCAAAAUGCCUGGUACACGUUGUGCUGUGUAUGGUUGUGGUAAUACCUAUAAAACAAGGCAGCAAGAACAUGAAUAUUUUAUAUUUCAUCGGUUUCCCAAAGCUAAAGAUCUUGUUUCCCAAACUAUGAGAAAAGAAUGGAUAUUACUAUGCAAACGGGAAGAUAAAUUUAACCCUGAUACUAGCUACAUCUGCUCAGUUCAUUUCACAGAAAAGGAUUAUGAAAGAGACUUACAGAAUGAAUUAUUAGGUUUACCACUACGAAAAAUAUUGAAAAAAACCGCUGUUCCUACUUUGGGAUUGUAUUCAAAAAAAUCAACAAGUGAAGCUAGUAGUUCAAGCAUCAGUUCCAGAGAAGAAAGACUGGCCAAACGAAAUGCAAAGGAGGAAGUGAACAAACUUUUAAAAGUAGCCACGUUAACAGCUCCUAUUAAUAAUAAUUUUAGAAAUCUAAAAGCUAAAUUUGAAAGCACGAAUUUGAAGAGAAAGUCUGUAAAAGGGGAUGAAGAUGACGGCAGAAAAACUGGAAAAAAAAUGUUCAAAAUUACUCAUUGA